GUGCGCCGCCGGCUCGGGCCGUGUGGAUGCUGUGACCGUAAGGUUUCCCGAGCGAAGCAUCUGCCUGUGUCUGCCUGCGGGUGUCAGCGAGCGUUACCGUCAGACAGCGCUGAAGGUGGGCGAACACGACUGUUUAGUGUACAACAAAGGAGGUAGAAUCAUGUCUUCUGGCUCUGCGAUGGUGCGUAUCCUUAUAAAGGGAGGCAAAGUGGUGAACGAUGACUUCACCCAGGAGGCUGACGUGUACAUCGAGAAUGGCAUCAUCCAGCAGGUGGGCAAGGAGCUGAUGAUCCCGGGUGGUGCCAAAGUGAUCGACGCCACUGGCAAGUUGGUGCUGCCUGGAGGCAUUGACACCAGUGUUCACCUGCAGGAGACCUUCAUGAAUGCCACCACCACUGACGACUUCUACAGCGGCACCAAGGCGGCUCUGGCUGGAGGCACUACAAUGGUGAUAGGUCAUGUGCUGCCUGAGAAAAACGAGUCUUUGCUAGAUGCCUAUGAGAAAUGCCGUUCUCACGCUGAUGCCAAGACCUGCUGUGACUAUGCUCUUCAUGUUGCUGUCACCUGGUGGGGUCCCAAGGUAAGGGCUCAGAUGGAGACGCUGGUGAGAGAGAAAGGAGUGAACUCCUUCCAGAUGUUCAUGGCUUAUAAGGACGUGUACAUGCUGAGGGACAGUGAGCUCUUCCAGGCCCUGCAGAACUGUAAGGACAUCGGAGCCAUAGCUCGCGUGCAUGCUGAGAACGGAGAGCUGGUCGCAGAGGGUGCCAAAGAAGCAUUGGAUCUGGGAAUCAGUGGUCCAGAGGGCAUCGAGAUCAGCAGGCCUGAGGAGCUGGAGGCAGAGGCAGUCCACCGAGCAAUCACCAUUGCCAAUAGAGCUCACUGCCCUAUAUAUCUAGUGAACGUGUCCAGCAUGUCAGCAGGAGAUGUUUUGGCCACAGCGAAGAUGCAGGGAAAAGUGGUCCAUGGGGAAACAACCACUGCCCAUGCAGUUAUAAACGGUCUUCAGUACUACCACCAGGACUGGGCUCAUGCUGCCGCUUACGUCACUGUGCCCCCACUGAGACUGGACCCUAACACACCCAACUUCCUGCUCAGCCUGCUCGGAAAUGACACUCUGAACGUGGUGACAUCUGACCACCGGCCCUUCAACACCAAACAGAAGGCCAUGGGUAAAGAUGACUUCACUAAGAUCCCUCAUGGAGUUCCUGGGGUCCAGGACCGCAUGAGUGUCAUCUGGGAGAAAGGAGUGGUUGGAGGGAAGAUGGAUGAAAACCGGUUUGUUGCUGUUACAAGCUCCAAUGCUGCAAAGAUCUACAACCUGUACCCCAGGAAAGGCAGGAUCAUCCCUGGAGCUGAUGCUGAUGUGGUGGUCUGGGACCCAGAUGCAACCAGGACCGUCUCUGUGACCACACAGUGGCAGGGAGGAGAUGUAAACCUUUAUGAGGGUUUGCGCUGUCAUGGUGUGCCGCUGGUCACCAUCAGUCGUGGCCGUGUGGUGUAUGAAAAUGGAAUCUUCACCUGUGCUGAGGGCUCAGGAAAGUUCUACCCCCUCCGGACCUUCCCAGACUAUCUCUACAAGAAGAUGGUGCAGAGAGAGAAGUGCCAGGCUCUGAAGGGAGUGGACCGUGCUCCCUACACAGGGGAUGUGGCUGCAGUGCAAAACUCAGGAAAGAAGGAGACGGCCCCUACGGUUGGAGACUUGAAUCCUCGUCCCUGCACCCGUCACGGAGGAAUGAGAGACCUGCAUGAGUCCAGCUUCAGCUUAUCCGGUGUCCAGAUUGAUGAUAACAUCCCAAAGAGAUCUUCCCAAAGGAUUUUGGCUCCUCCUGGUGGUAGAUCUAGUGGCAUAUGGUAACAUCAGCUGCUGCUAUUUUUGGAUCCACUGAACAACUAAACCUGAAAUUAAACACCUAAAUAUUAUUUGACGACUUCACAUCUGACCGAAAUUAUUUUACCCUAGUCACUUGCUACAAGCGUAACUAAAAAACCAAGUGUUGUUAAUGGUAUGAGGAGAAAAGGCACUAUAUAUGCUGAAGGAAAAUGGGAAAACAAGGUAUCAGUGUGUUUCUAGCGCAUGUGUGGAGAUGUGAGAGAUGUGAUUAUUGAAGCAUUACACAGGCAUUUCUUUUUUAGUUGGUUAAUCUGGUCUGGCUGUUGUUUGAUUAAAUAAAGUAUGGUAGUGGUGCAAGUAACUUAAGCUAUCUCCUGAUCUUGUCUACUUUAUCAUUAUACUGAUAACAGUGCACUGUGAUAUGCAACAGUUAAAAGAUUUCUAAAAAAAAAACAGUAAUUUGGACGUUUGGCAGAAAAUGGAAAGAAUUUUAUAUUACCAUGGUUAGAGGAUCUGUAACAAUGUAUAAUUAUUUAACCACAUUUUUUAAUUGUCUGGGCACAUGAUUCUGUGUUUACCUCAGUGUUUUAUCUCUGGAAUUGCACUUAUGUACAGUACAACCCUGCCUCUCCAUUUGUUAAACUGUACACCUGUUGUGGUCAAGUAAAACGUUUUCAGAAAUGAUGACGCUCCUCAGCUAAAUAUUAAGUUGCAACCUCAUCAUCGCUUUUGUAUUUGAUGUUUUAGUGUACUUGUUUUUCGUUUCUGUUUUUUUUUUAUUUUAUUUACCUGACUGUUGACUUGUGGGACUUUCAAAGGCAGUUUAAGUGAUCAAAUCUUGUUCUUGCCAUGGCAUCAGUUGAAGAAUUGGUGUAUCAAAUGAAGAAUUGGUGUAUAUUUAUUUUAUUCUUUUGUUGAUGGCUUGGCAUGUUUUUUUCACACUACACGGUGAGUGGUGACAACAGUGUGUCCCUGUGCGGUAGACUUGUAUUGUGUCACUAUUUGAAAGUAUUAUCGAUAGCUAAUCAUUCUUACAUUUGCUAAGGGUGUUUACGGUCAUUUAGCACAGCCCUGUACCUCCCACAAAUGUGAAUGAACAUGAUUGCCAUGUUUACAGAGUCACAUAUCAAGCUUGAUUUUCCCUUGUGUGUUUGAUUGCAUCUUGACAGUGUAGUCACUGUCAAGAUUAGGACUGCCUAAUGCCUAAAUGAGCUCAUGGUUCCACUGAUAAUGCCAAUAAUGUUCUCAAGCUUUUCACAAACGCCUGUGCAUUCUCUUCAGCUGUUGUCUUAUGAGCACUUCAAAUAGUUAGUUAUUUCAGGACUUGUUUGAAAGUAGUAGAAGGGACCGUUUUUAAAGACGCUUCAUCACAUGUUCACAUUCCAACUUUUUCCUUAGAAUAAUACGAUUUUUAUUUGACGUUAAUAAAUUAACACUGUGCAGUUGAGAGAAGCUCUGGUUUUCAAGUCAUGAAAAUAGCCUUCACAUUUGUAAUAUCCCUUUGUAAACCACAGUAAAACGUCUCAUCUUUCCCUGUAAUGAAUGACUGAAUAACCACUGAAAAUGGCCAAAUAGUUCACAAACGUACAGAAGUGGUAGAUUAAAAAGACAUUCACUGCAAAUAUGUGUCUUUUACUGGUUCUUGUUCCACAUGCCUCAGUAGUUUAGCUCAAAGCAUUGGGAGACCCCACUGUAGAGAUUAUGUGACUUAGUGUAAUAACUAAGCAGUAAAAACGUCACAGUAAAACACUCCAGCAAAAACAGUAGGACAUAGAUUUUUUAUUGGUGCUGAAUAUUCAUGUAUGUGUGGAUGUUUAUGUUUCAUUUUGGAUUCAGUACAUUUUUCAACCUUUUUUUAAUCUAAUGUAUGUAUGCACUAUAAUUGUAUGUAUGUUAUGUUCCUCUCAUGAGUACAAAUAAACCCUGUCCAACCUGA